CCGAGCCCGAGGGAAGCGAAACUGAACCAGCAGCGACGUUGAGGGGUUAUUAUUUGCGUGCGUGCGUGUGUGUGUGCGCGUGUGGAGGGGGGUGGGGGUGGGAGGGUUGUCUAGUUGGAAAACGCGACGGGACACGGAAGCUAGACGAUGAACCUCGGCGGUGAUUCCAGGCGGAGAUGAUCGCUUCGAAGCUUCUCCGCCAACAUUGGUAGCAGCGUGCGCGGACUCCUCGGUGCCCCCGCUAUGGAUUGAUCGACGAUCGGCCUCUUUUGCGCUCGUUUUUCUUCUUCUCCCCCCCACCUUCCACCCCCAACCCCCUUUCCUCAUCUCAGCACUCCUGCCCCGGCAUGCUGUCACACUGACCGCGGCCAAAGAGCGUGCGUGUGGCCUCAGUUGACGAUCCAUGAUGAUUCGUGUUGACGGGCCACUCUGAGCUCCAGCCGCCGUCGUAGAAUCCCGUUGAUGAAGCCUGGGGAGAGAGUUUCCGCUCCGGGACGAGACCAUGGUGAAAGCUCAGCGACACCAGCCAGCGAAAGGUGGCAAGCGAGGCAAAGAGAAGGGAGGCGGGCUGAGACAAAGCAAGGAUAGGACAAAGGAAGUGAGGAGAAAGAAGCAGAAGAAGAAAGAGUUGCUCUCAUUGGCAGGUAAAGUUGGCGAUACGCUGGAUUGUUGUGUCCUACUGACACGCUUGGAAGAGAAAGGAGCUGUGAGUAAGCAGAAGAAUGUGCAGAGAGCCUGCAAGCAAUCAACCGUUAAAGACAAUAAGAAACCACUAUCUUCUCAAAGCAGGACCAAAACUCACAAAUCUCAUAAAAAGUUAAAGAAAUCUGCUUGUCAACAAGCACUGGAACUAAAAAGUAGCCAAUCGGACACCUCACUCAUGUGGCCCUCGCUUGUUCCUGAGCCUCGCAGGAGAAGAAUGGCCUCUCUCAACGCAGAGGCUGUCAACAGCCUGCUGCUCUACAGGGCCAAUCCCUUGGGGUCCAAUCUCGUUAAGAAGGAGCAAUCUUCCGCCGAAGCGCUGUCUAAAGGUGAAAGUAGACCUAAUAAAACCAAAAAGUUUCUUCCGGAAGGCAAAACGUACCCGAAGGAAUGUCGUAAAAAACAGAAGAGGUCCACAGCCAAGGCGCCGCCAGUCGACUGGUUGGCUUUAUUUGCGCCGACCCCACGGCGUCAAGCGGGCCUCACCGCUGCUACGCUGCUCAAACUCACCGGUUCCCUCUACGGAAGCAAGCGGCAAAAAAAGCAGGAGUCCAACCCUGCCGGCGAAAGCAAAGCUAAGGCUUUAACUCAGGUUGAGAUUAGCGGUAAGCCUUUAAGUGGAGCAACACUGCAGACCAAAAGAAGAACAAAUCCAAAACACAAUGAGCAGCUAAAGCACAUUAAACAGGGUAAGGAGGAUCCAGGCUCCCCGGCCCAAGGAUUCUGUAGUCUUUGCAAAACGGAGGCUUUGGAUCCCGAAUGGAAGUCUGGGACGCAGGAUUGUUUAAAAAAUCCACUCCACUGUGGCUCCAUGCUGGGAUUCUCCUUAAAAACAAUCAAAGAGGAGGAGGAGGAGACGGACGUGUCGUCCUGCUACUGCUGUAGCCAGGAGAGAUGCGUGGAGUACUGUCACAGACUGGCCCUCUUCCUCAAGGACAAGGCCAUCAAGGAGCCCGACAACGAAGGCUCACUCUCCGAGGUGUUCCACCACCAUCACCACCACCUCCACCAUCACCACGUCCACCACCCAGCAGCCAUAACCAUUACGCCCCACGCGUACGCUUGCUUCCCCAGCUAUUGCGUCCACUUCAGCCACCCGGACACACCGCCGUCCUCCAUGACGCCCCUCCCUCUGUGCCCAAAGAGCGGCAAGAGACCCAAACUGCUGCCCAGCUCUGGCCCGCAGCGCUCAGGGAUUUCCCAUCCAGUCUACUGCUGCACUUCUGUGGAAGCGUGCUAUGGAGAGCCCUGCAGGAUCAAUGGCUAUACCACCUACAGCAGUGUGAUUCCGGCUAUUGCCAGAGGAGGGUGCACCAAAUGCACCCGUGACAUCAACAGAGACGACUACUCAUCAACCCUCAAGGACCACCACAGCCCGUCCUCCAUCCCCGUCUGUCCCAGUCCGAGAAUCCUCACUGGCUGCCCCAUUCCCGCAGUGCCUCCAGCCGGCCAAUUAGUGCCCCCUGUUCAGACUCCUCUGUCCGACCCCAGCCAACCGCAGCCCUCGCUGCAGGUGGCCAAGGAGUGUCCGCAGAGCGCCAAGCCUCCCAGCGGGUCCCGGUCUGGCGCCCGCAGCACGGGCAGUGUCAGUUCAAUUGGGUUCCCGCUCAAAAAGGAAAAAAAGCAGAAGCUGGGCUCUGCCGGCGCCAGGAGCCAAGCGCUUGCCAAGCAGCCCAAGAACGGACGCCAAAAAAGCACCAAUGGCUGGCGGCCCGUCGGCCUCCCCUUUGAAAAAGAAGUUUUCUCUCUGGGAGAGGAAGUCAUGGUGCCGAGGAAGUGUUUCCAGGGAGUCCAGAGGGACGGAGAGCUGAUCCGGGUCAGGGACACGGUUCUGCUGAAGUCUGGGCCCAGGAAAAAGUCUUUACCUUACGUCGCAAAGAUCUCGGCGCUUUGGGAGGAGCCUGAGACAGGAGAGUUGAUGAUGAGUUUGUUUUGGUACUACCGUCCGGAACACACACAAGGAGGCCGCAACCUUAAUGUGCAUUGUCAGAAUGAGAUCUUUGCGUCUCGUCACCAGGAUGUAAACAGCGUGGCCUGUAUUGAAGACAAAUGCUAUGUCCUGACACUGGCACAGUAUUGUCGAUUUUGUGCCUUGGUAAAACGCCGAGGGGAGGGCGUACCCGACAGCGCCGCCUCCCUCCUGGUGCCCCCCGUGGUCGGCCACGCCGCCCCCAGCCACCGCUGCGUGCCGGACGACGUGGACCCAGAGCUGGUGUUUUUCUGUCGCCACGUCUACGACUUCCGCUACGGGCGGCUCCUCAAGAACCUGCAGUAGCGCCGGGCGGGCGACAGAACCACUCAGAGACGUGAGAUAAGGCGGUUUCAUCCGCCUCUACUUAAAUGAGCUCCGAGCCCCGCUGCCUGCGAAAGGGGGGAGGGGGGCUGUGGAGGUUUGGGGAUGAAGGAACGUGAGAUUAGUUUCUCUUUUGAAAUUUCACACCGACGCGGCACACCGUUGUGAAGUAAGCGUCGCAAUCGAAGCGAUAAUAGCCGUCGAAAUGGCUUUUAAUCGUACACCGCUUCCUGUGUUGCGUGCGCUAUAUGUGGAACAUUCUCCUGCAGGUCUUAGAAAUGUGCCAUUUGUGGGACGGAUGGAAGGGACCAUCUGCCUAUCGCUCGCGCGCAGAUGCAACAUCAGAGGCCUUUUACUUCCGUCAUAGCUCUGUAGAGGAGAUUCCUUACUGUGAAUGCAGGACUUUAACUGUCCUGCAAUCAUAUCACGAUCACACUGAAAAACAUGGAAAGAGAGAGAGAGAUACUUUUUAUUUUUUAAACAGAAGGGAAAAAAAACUAAUCUUACCAACUCUGGAAAUUAUUUCCUUGAAACACAACAGUUUUUUUUCAUUGACAAUGGCGAACAUCGCUGGUGGCAAUGGAAAAACUUUGAAAAAAAAAAAUAUAUAAACAGAAAUGACCUAAAUAAACCUGCAGCUCAAAUAACAGACGCAACAAGCAGUAUUAAUAAGUCGCUUUGUUAAAAAUUCCAAAUGUCCAAAAGUGGACAGUCAGGGUUGUCAUAGCGCAGAAAUGAAAUGCUAACUUAGCUUAGCAUGAAAAAAAUGAAGAGCAAGAAAGAGUGUUUUCACAGAGAAAAUGCUAACUUAGCUUAGCAUCUGAGACUAAUUUUAGCAAAAUUACUUCAACGCAAACUGGUGAAAACAAAUGUUACUCCGUGUUUGUCAGACACAUUUGGUGACCAGCGGAGAUAGUCGUCAAAAGUAUGACUAUUAAUGGUUUAUUGAAAAUUCCAUAUCAACCAAAGGUCGAGUCACAGGGUUGCCGUAGCAAAGCAACAAAAUGCUAAAUUAGCUUAGCAUACGGGAGGAAAGGAACAAGGAGAAAAGUCGACUUGCAGGGUUUUUUUUUUUUUUUUUUUUUUUUAAUAUAGACAACAUCCUAACUUAUUUUAGCAUCUGAAACCAAAUCUUAACAAAAAAAGUGAUCUAGUCGACUGUAAAAAUGACGAUUGUUGGGGUGGGGAAGUGGGGAGGGGGCGUUAAGAAACAGAAUGAAGUACCAGAAAUGUGAAUCUAUUUGUAGUCAUUGCUGUAUGUUGUACACGAAUGUGCGCUUUCAUGUUUUGGUACGAUGAAGCAAAUAUCGCAUUUCACGGACGGCCAGUGGGGAUUAACAACCAACACAAAUUCAUGAUGUCACAAAUCCCAUUAAUGAUAAGUUGUUGACUAUGUAUUGUCAAAUGUUGUUAAAAAAAAUCCUCAUCCAAUUCGAAAGUGGACUAAAUUGUCGUUGCUAGUCUCAGCUAAUGGAAAAAAAAACACAUUUAAAUUAACUGCAAUUCAUUAUUAAACAAUAAUGCAUUAAAUCAUUGGGCUACAGUUUAUCACAUUUUAAUAAGACAAAAUCAUUUCGGGUCGUAAUGAUCACAGUGACAAUAUGCUAACUUUAGCUUAGCAUCUAAAUUGGUAAAUGCGGCAAUCUUCUGAAUUCAUAACAGAAUAACAAAAAAUAAAAUAAUAAUAAUUGACAAGUCAAAAUUAUCCGUGAGUUGAUUUACAGGGUUAUAAUAAUACAGUGAUGAUAUUUUUAACUUAGCUACCCAUCCAAAACUGCAACUGGGUUUAAAAUUGGGGGGGGGGGGGGGGGAAAUAGUCUGCUCGUUUAAAAAUGUAUUUUAUCACCAGAAACAGUUUUUAUGAAUUUCUUAAAAAUUAAAAUCUUGAAAAACAAUAAGCUUUUGGACGAAUUUGCUCUCAUGAUAAUAAAUAUGUAUGAAAUGAAAUAAAUAAACGUCUUAGCAGGAGUCAGUGAGCUUUGACAGGAUCUGAAGAAUAUGGAGAAUUACAUUACAAUAUCUGCAAAAAUAUAAUAACAUGGCAUCUAAAAUUGAAACCAGACUCAACAAAGUCCUUUCUAAGAAGCCAUUGAUGAUAAUACCAAUGGAAGUAUUUUCAUGUACAGGUUAAAAAAAACAAACCAAAAUGUUCCAUGUCACAUUUUUAAGUGACCUCAGAAGAGAUUUUCCACUGUGUGACGCAAACGUGCACUCAAGAGAAAAGAAAAAAAAAAUGGAGUAUGGAAGUAUGGGGGGAAAAAAAGCAUACGUUGUAGCUUGUGAAAAGGCUGACUGUGUAUUUGCAUCUUAUCUACGUGGAUGGCGUCACUUAGUACACGAUAUUCUUCUUCUCCACGCGCUGAGUCGACAUAUAUUCGCUAGGUAGCAUUUAGCUGACGUGAGCGCUGAUUCGUUCCUCCACGUGCGUUCCAGAGAAUAUAAUCUAUUUUAUUUAUUAGAGAGAGAGAGAGGGAAUAAAAAUCUAAUUUAUUUUCCAGAGCUCAUUUUCAAAGAAGGCCUUUUAGAUGAAAGGAAAUCUCAAAGUUGCCUCGCUUUUUAGCUGCACUGGCCAAGAAAUAUUUGGACAACUCGGAAAAAUAUUUUUGGGAUAGUCUGCUUUUUAGCGCAUUUUAGGCUCAUUGUGAAAUGUCACCCAGAAGCCGAAUAUCCCAAACUUUUCGUGAGUGGUUUGUACGUAAUUUUAGUCUACCUGACUUUGAGGAUUUUGCGUAAAAUAUCUCACCAGAAAUAAUGUCAUUAAUUCAAAUCCCAAUGGAGAAAUAAUGGGCUGUUUCUUCCCUGGAUGCACUUUUCUUUUUUUUAUUCAAACUCUUAUUUUUUUCAGCCCAUGUCAAUAAAGUUUAGUCAUCUUCCCCAAAACAAAAGAGAGAAUAUGUUUUGGCUUUUUAAAUCUUGUUACAUACCGGUGAGCACAAACACCAAGCACACAUUCCCAGAUUUGUGGGGGGGUGGAGGGGGUUCGAGUUUUUUUUUUUUUUUUUUUAUUAUUCAGAUAAAUCACAAAUUGUGGAGAUGCAUGCGUUUUACUGGACAAAUAUGAAGCAAAUUUUAAUGUGUUGUAUUUAAUUUAGCCUGUUCUCACAAGAAUUUAGUUGGGAAGUGCGAAAACUACUUUUUGUUUUGAUAUAUGUGAAAAGGGGAUUACUACUAUGCUAUACUUUCAUUCUAGUAGUAAUGCAUUAAAAUGCAUUAUUAGACACCUGCCUAGUAACCUGUUUCAGAAAAUAAUUUGUCUGAGCUAGUUGGAAAUUCUGAUCAUUUUUUUAAUUCCUUAUUAAUAAAUUUAAUUUAUGAUGCAAAUUUUAAUCCCUAUAAAUAAUUUCUUUUUUUUUUUUUCUUUGGUGCAAUAGUUUGCUUGUGUAAUUCUUGUCUUGCACAAAGCCCGUUUGGCCGUUCCUUUUUUUUUUGGUCUGAUUUCCUGCUAAAUUCUGGUGAGGACACGCGAUUUGGUGUGAAUUGAUACGAAUGGAUGACGUAAGACUGCUUUGCUAAAGCGCCGACCGAUUGAUGAAAAUCCCGCCGGGUGUUCUGAAAAUGAAAAUCAUAAAUGACAGUAGAGCGCAGUAUCCGUGCAGUAUGGCCUUAGAAGUCGCUCAGCUCUCCUGAUGAAUCAACGUGUGAUACUAGAUGUCUUAAUAUAGGUCCUCUGUGCCUGUUCCUGUAAACCCGUAUUUAAUAAUUAAAAAAAAAAUCUAUAUAUAAAUACAAAUAUAUAUUCAGAGUGUUUUUCCAAGAAGAGAAAUGUGAGCAGUUACUGUUUAUUUUUGAUGUAACUUCCAAAUGCCUUUUUCUGUCAUAUAAGUCGAGAAAACUGGUCUGAUGUUGAAUUGCACCAACAAUAAAAAAAGACAUGAGAGGGGAGUAUAGAAAUAUGAAUUUAUGAAUAUCAUUCCUGUAGAUGUUAGAAGAAUGUUGAAAGUCAGAUUUUCCCCUGGUGUGAACUGUUUUAUGUUCCUAUUCUCCUUGCAUGGCAUUUUGGAAGUAUCAUGGAAAUAUUAAUCACAGCACAGUUUAUUUGUAUUGACUGAAAUGGACCUCUGUAAUAUAAGAAAAAUAUUUAAUUGUAAUAAAUAAUGAGUUUAA